AUGGCUUCCCUCAUCAACAUUCCCAAGCUGCUAGCAUCUUCUGCUGUUCGGGACAGCAUCCAGCUCUUCUUACUCGGCGCAAUCGUUGAGAGUUUUCGUCGCCUUUCGCAAUGGGUCAUGGACCGUCUGUCGUUUGAUUCGUCCGUCACGGCACGUUUCGAGCCUCAGGAUCCAGCCCAUGAAUGGGUCACCAGUUUUCUGGCCGAGCAAAGUCUGUGGCGCGCCACACGGGACUUCGACGUCUUUUCCAAGUUUUCCAAGAAGAUCGGUAAAACACCUGCGAAUCUCGAAGGCCUUAACGCUGCCUAUAUCCCUCGAUGGACUGCGCCACACCUGCUCAAAUGGCGUGGUCGCCUGAUUCAGGUACAACAUAUCACUUCAGAAACCCGCAACCAGUGGUGGGGGGAGCAACAACAAUCCCCUACGCUCUGCGUGACGUCAGUUUUUAUCCUCCUGUUUACACGGGACAUGGCCGUUUUAUGCGCGCUGGUCGAGGAAGCGAGAAAUCGAUACUUAGCGAGCCGCAGUGCGAAAAUCACUGUUCACACCCACCGUGCGGCCGAUAACUUUGGAAUCCCGAGGUCAACGUGGAACGCCGUAGCGACACUCCCAAAGCGACCUCUGAACUGUUUGGCUUUCGAUAACGACGUUGUCGACUCACUGCUCGCUGACGUUCGCGAGUUUCUACGUCCCGAGACCGAAGAGUGGUAUCGUAUUGUGGGUAUAUCGUAUCACCGUGGAUUCCUUCUGUGGGGUAGUCCUGGUACGGGCAAGACAUCUACUGUCCAAGCUAUUGCGGGCGAAUUGAGCCUCGAAGUUUACUCUCUGACGCUUUCUUCAAGCAACAUGGACGACGGGCAGCUGCAGAACUUGGUAUCUAUUAUCCCGCCGAGAUCCAUCUUGCUGCUCGAGGACAUCGAUUGUGCCUUCCCUUCGCGUGAAGAGGUUCGGAGCACGCAAAUCCACGAGCCCGCAACGGGAUCAAUCGCGGCGCCGAAGAAGAGUGAAGUCACUCUGUCCGGUCUUCUGAACGUUCUCGACGGCGUUGGGAACGAAGGUGGAUUGGUGGUAUUUGCCACGACGAACUAUCCAGAGCGCCUCGAUGCGGCCCUGUCCCGCCCAGGGCGGAUUGACCGAAAAAUCGAAUACAGGCUUGCAUCCCGUGCACAGGCUCGAGCGCUGUUCACGAAAUUCUUCUCCCACGGAAAACCCAAGGUCUCAGGCAGCGAUUACUCGCUGAGCGACCUUCCAAUCUCCCUUCUGGCGGACAGCUUCGCCUCGAGCUUGCCGGAGUUCGAAUUCUCCACGGCGCAGCUUCAAGGCUACCUGCUUGGUCAUAGAUCCUCUCCGCAGACUGCAGCGAAUGAUGUCGCAUCCUGGGUCACGGCAGAGCGGUCUGACCGAUUACGCGAGGAGACGAGACGCCAGUCUACUCAGCACAGUCGGUCUGCGGAACACGCGGCGGCGAUGGCGGAGAAUCGUGCUUCAUCAGCGGGGGUCGCAUCGUUAUCGGAGAAUCACCAACUUGAAACCCCUGAUCCAAGCCCGAAGACGCUAGGUCUGGACGUCGGCAGUAGUUCUGACGGAGUCGCACAAGUAGUGUGA